AUGACCACCGACCCUCCCUGGAAAGCCAUCGCCCAGCGCAAGCAAUCCGAGCGCCUGUCCCGCAUCCCCAAAGAAUGGCUCCUCCCCUCCCUCCCCCCGGCCUCCGUCCACGACGUGCGCUCCAUCCCCCGCCGCAGCGGCAUUCUCACCGCGCAAGAACUCGCCAUCACCGAGGACUACGACGCGACGUCGCUGGCCUCAGCGAUCCGCGCGCGCUCUCUGACCGCUGAAGCUGUCGCGCGCGCCUUCUGCAAGCGCGCCGCCAUCGCCCAGCAGCUCUGCAACUGCUUGACCGAGAUCUUCUUCACCGAGGCGCUGGCGCACGCGCGGGAGCUCGACCGGGAAUACGCGCAGACGGGAAGGACGAGGGGCCCGCUGCACGGCGUGCCCGUGUCGCUGAAAGAUACGUUCCGGGUCAAGGGGUACGACGCCUCGAUUGGGAUCGCGAGCCUGGCGGAACAGCCGGCGCGGGAGAACGCGCUGCUGGUGGAUAUCCUGCUGCGGGCCGGGGCGGUGCUGUAUUGCAAGACCGGGGUGCCGCAGACGCUGAUGGCGCUGGAUUCGCAGAGUAAUCUGUUCGGGCGCGUGCUAAACCCGCGGGAUCGCAGGGUCACGGCCGGGGGCAGCUCCGGGGGGGAGGGAGCCCUGAUCGCGAUGCGAGGGAGUGUGUUAGGCGUCGGCACGGAUGUGGGGGGCAGUAUCCGCAUCCCGGCGAUGUGCGGCGGGUUGUACGGUAUCAAGCCCAGCGCGCAACGGGUGCCGUUCGUGGGGCAGGAGAGCGGGACCCGGGAGGGCGGGAGCAAGAUCGGGUUGCCGGCGAGUGCGGGCCCGAUCGCGACCAGCGUCAGGGAUUGUGAGUUAUUCCUACAGGUCGUUUCAAGUGCGCGGCCGUGGGAGCAGGAUCCGAGCGUGGCGUAUGGGUUCUGGGAAGAGCAGGGCGGGGUUCAGGAGAAGCCGCUGCUGGGCGUCAUCCGGCGAGAUGGGUUAAUCGAACCCCUACCGCCCGUCAGCAAAGUCUUGGACGAGACGGUCCAAGCCCUGCGGAAAGCAGGAGUCGAGGUCAUAGAGAUCGACGCGCCCGCCUUCAAAAGAUGUCAAUCGCUCGCCAACAAGUUCUUCGGCAUCGACGGCAACAAUUUCAUGCUCGACCUGUUGGAGAAAACUGGCGAGCCCCUGACCGACUGGUUAAGCACUCGUCUCCGUCGUGGCCCCCAGAUAUCCCUCCCUAGCCUUAUCGAUAUCCACGCGCGGAAGACCGAACUGGAGACGGAAAUGCUGAAGAUCUGGAAAGAUCCCAAGACGGGACGCACCAUCGAUGCCAUCCUCUGCCCCGUGGCCCCGCACCCCGUCCCUCCCAUCGACCGCUGGAACGGCGUCAGCUACACAAGUAGUUUCGUGCUGCUCGACUACCCGGCCGGCACGCUCCCAGUGCGUGACGUUACCGCGGCCGAUCUGCUUGCGGAGUUGCCGCCCGAUAGUAAACCCCUGAAUAGCUGGGACAAGGUGAAUCGGGGAUUAUGGGAUCCGAACACAAUCGAUCGCGAUUUAUAUCGGAACACGAAGCUGAGCGUUCAGGUCGUGGCGCCGAAAUUGCAGGAGAGGAGAUUGGUCAGGGCUAUGCAGUUGGUUGAUGAUGUUUUACGGGGGAGAGUAUCGCGCAUAGCUAAGCUGUAG